GCGGCGGCAGAGAAGUGAUGCUGGCGCCGGGGAUCCGGGGAAAGGCAGCGGAGCAGCAGCAGCAGCAGCAGCAUCUCCGGGACCCCGGCUGCAGUAGCGUCCCUGUGGUCCGCGGGCCAGCCAAGCAGCAGGAGAACGCGCGCCCCACGGAUUCGCUUCACGAACUUUGGUCCAGGAGUAGAGGAUUUGCAUGAAGACACAGGCGCCUAACCUUGAGUGAAUUGCUGAAGUUUUUAUUAUAAGUGUGAAAAAUUUUCACUUUUAUUUUGAAACCAGACCCUCAGCUCCUUGUGGCAGUGAGACAACUAGAGUGAUGGUUCUCCAGUCCUCAAAGUUUCUGUACUUUGCUAAGCAACAACUUCUCCUGGGAUGAGCUAUUGGAAACCUCAUCAGAGAGAGGCCAUGCCUUGUCUCCUGCCUCUGCAACAAAAAGAGGGAGAACACAGCAUGCUUGGCCCAACAGAAUAAAGAGGACGAUUUGUGGGGCCUAGAACCUUCAUUCAGGUUUGGAAGAACACAGAGAGAAUGCAGAGAUGCCAGCCUGCCAAUAAGAUCCAUGGACAGUUUCACACUCAAACAUCUCUCACAAAUUUUAAGAUUUAUUAGUAAUAUGCUGCCUGCGCAGGAUGAAAAGAAACUAAUGCCAAACAGGCAUAUUCUUAUACAUCUGGAGUAGACCUUCUGUCAACACAAUGCCUUCAAAGGUCUCCUGUUUAUAUGUUCUGACAGUCGUGUGCUGGGCCAGCGCUCUCUGGUACUUAAGUAUAACUCGCCCUACUUCUUCAUACACUGGCUCCAAGCCAUUCAGUCACCUAACAGUUGCCAGAAAGAACUUUACCUUUGGCAACAUAAGAACUCGACCCAUAAACCCACAUUCUUUUGAUUUUCUGAUCAAUGAGCCCAACAAAUGUGAGAAAAACAUUCCUUUCCUUGUUAUCCUCAUCAGUACCACCCACAAGGAAUUUGAUGCCCGCCAGGCCAUCCGAGAGACUUGGGGGGAUGAGAACAACUUCAAGGGAAUCAAGAUUGCCACUCUCUUUCUCCUGGGUAAGAAUGCUGAUCCUGUUCUGAAUCAGAUGGUAGAACAAGAGAGCCAAAUCUUCCACGAUAUCAUCGUGGAGGAUUUUAUUGACUCCUACCAUAACCUUACCCUCAAAACAUUAAUGGGAAUGAGAUGGGUGGCCACUUUCUGUUCCAAAGCCAAGUAUGUCAUGAAAACAGACAGUGACAUUUUUGUAAACAUGGACAACCUUAUUUAUAAGCUUCUAAAACCUUCCACUAAGCCAAGAAGAAGGUAUUUUACCGGUUAUGUCAUCAAUGGAGGCCCAAUCCGGGACGUCCGAAGUAAGUGGUAUAUGCCCAGGGAUUUGUACCCUGACAGUAAUUACCCGCCAUUCUGUUCGGGGACCGGCUAUAUCUUCUCAGCUGAUGUGGCUGAACUCAUUUACAAGACCUCACUUCACACAAGGCUGCUUCAUCUGGAAGAUGUGUAUGUGGGACUGUGUCUUCGAAAACUGGGCAUCCAUCCUUUCCAGAACAGUGGCUUCAAUCAUUGGAAAAUGGCCUACAGUUUGUGUAGGUAUCGCCGAGUUAUCACCGUGCAUCAGAUCUCCCCAGAAGAAAUGCAUAGAAUCUGGAAUGACAUGUCAAGCAAGAAACAUCUCAGAUGUUAGGAUUUUUACUGAUGUAAAUAUACUUCUUUUCUUUUUUUCAGAUAUGGAGCUAAGGGUAUGGGUAUUUUACAUGUGUUACCAAGGGAAAUGAACUGGUGAAGGGGUUUUGUAAUGAUGUUCUGUUUAUUUUCUUUCUUGCUCCUAGUUCCCUUCUUGGAUUACCAAUUCACAAAUGUUAGGCUUGGGUUAUAGAAACAAUAGCUGAGAUAUAAAGGCCUGAUUUUAUACUCAGGUCCUAAGGCAUUGCCAUUUAUCAUCAAACCAACUGCCUAAUGACUGCUAGGAUUUACUUACUGUGCAACUAAGAUACAAAUCUGGUUCUGGGAAACUGAAAGUCACAAUAAUGUCUUCAUAUCAUCUCUGUAAAGAUAAAUAAAAUCCAACUCGAAAACAAUUCAGAUAUAAGGUGCAGUCAGGAAGACACGCUAGAUGUGAUUAUGUAUAAUGUGUGUGCCGUUGCAUUGAAUUUUUACCCACAUUGCCAUGUAAUGUGUACAGUAUUUUCAGUUCCACCAAGAGAUGAAGUUAGUACUGGCAGGGAGGCUGCAGUUAAAUAAAUGGAAAUACAAACUUCCGAAUCAGAUAUUCUAUGUAUUUGGAAGACAGCUCUGCUUGCUCAUGCAAGGAUUAAACUUGGUCAGCGGGUGAAAUGUAUAUAAAAUGCUAUUUUACAAAAUAAGUUUAUUUUUUUCUUUGCUCUUUCAGAGCAGACAUUACCUAUUGCUUCCAAGGAGAUUUUGCCAAAAGUAAUCUCACCUGAUAUCCUCCAUAAAAUGUUGCUAAGUACAUUUUACAGUCUCUGGCUCAGGCAGGCACAUGUGUAGAAAUAAGGUAGGAGGCCAGAAGAACAAUAAAAUACGUGGAGUAAUAUACAUUCACUUGAAAAUUAUAAUGAAUAUAAGCUCAGCACUAAUAUAAAAUGUCUUUUCUACACAUUUGCUAAGCAUGUGAGAAAAUCUUUUAAUAGACAUCACUGUUAGUGAAUGAUUCAGCUCCAGAGUUUAUAGAUGAAAAGUUGUCUAACAUCCAGAACAGCUAAGUACCCCUCACAGCAAUAGAGGUGUUCUAUAGGCUUCAUCUUUGAGGUUCUUAAGGGGAAAAGGAAGGAAACUUGGUUGAUAAAACUUACUUACUGGUUCUUUGCCUUGCCAUUCUUUAAUGUGCUGUUACAAAAUGUCUGGAAAAACAUCUAUCUCACAAGUACUGGAGGAGCAAUUUGCAUUUUCUAGCCCCCCCCCAAAUAUUUGGGGUUCCUUAGUUUAAAAGGUGCUACAAUAAAGUAGUAUGUCGUGCAUUGUGCUAAAUGCUGAAAAUUAUUACAUAAUUGCCAUUAAUAGCAGUUCACAUCAUUUUAAUAUAAAAUUCUACAGAACUGAAGAUCAAAUAUGAACUUUUAGCAUAUCUUAUUCUUCUAAGAGCUGAAUUUUUUCCAGAUUAAAGUUAGUAGUUUAAGGAAGCUACAUUUUCACUGACAUUUCUUCUGGUUUCAAUUAACGCUAUUUCUUCAGUGCAUUGCUGUGACAUCCAGGGCUCUGAAGGUAAAGGUAUCUGCCUUUCUUUAGGGAGAAAGCUCUCGCAGAAUAUAUAGUACAGUAAUUGAAGCUCCUGCUUUGCAAAAUGAAUCAGUUUUAAUCUCAAGAAACAUUUUGUCUGAAUCCCCUUGAGAACUUUGAGGACAGGUAGUGCUAGUCCACUUUUAUCAAAGGAAUAAGCUCUCCACAACCCAUGCAUUACAUAUAUACCAUGUAUUAGGACACUUGUUUUUAGUUUAAGAAAGACCCCAAAUUGAAAGAGUGCAAGUUUUUGCUACUGUUCUUUAACCUGACCCUUAGCAACUCCUAGAAGUAGCUAACAAACAGGUAAAAUAAAAUGAAUAAAUGGAAGUCAUGAUCUAUUUCUUGAAAACACUGGAUUUGUCAUUCCCAUUUCAUAAUAUAUCUUCUUAGAGUUAGCAGGUGCCGUGUUAAAUAAAAAUCAGAAUUAGAUAGUCUGGAAAGAGAAAGGUCAACACAAAUGUGACUCUCUCUAAUCCCAACUUCAACUACUGUGAGUUUCAGUCACUUGAAAAGACACUGACUUUGUAUUUAGUUCAAUUUCUAGUCAUGCAGCAUGUCAAAACUUCCAUUCAUUUACCUUAUGCUUAGUCAAGCCACCUUCCAUGUUAAGGAAUUAUAUAUUAUAAAUAUCAUAUGCAUACAUCUAUAAAUCAGUAUGUGUACAUAAUGAGUAAAGCCCUAAUCUUUAAUAGGAGCAGAAAUCAGAGAAUUGUAUUGUCUUAAAGAACUAUUUCUUAACUUUUUUAUGCUAGAUAGUUCCCAUGUGACAACAUGUAUAUAUCCAUCAAGACCCUGUGUAUAUAUUUUAAAGUCAUUUUUCUUCUUCCCACAUCUAUGUAUAACUAGGAUUUGCUUGUUAUGUAACAUUUUCUUCUGCAUGGUAAGGCAAGACCAUUUGUCCAGUGUUUCAAUAGCCUACACUAAAGCAUGUUUCUCUUUGUUUUUUGAAUGUCAAAAAUGUUUGAGUGAGGUGAUCAAGAAAAAUCUCUGAUUUUCUGCUUUGGUUAAUUUUCUGACACUGGUCAAUUCAUAGAUUUACUUGUUUAAAAUUGAACAGAUUUUUAAAAAAAAUUACCACUUAUCUAACUUAAAAUGUUUCAGACUGUUUUGUAUUAGGGAUCAUUAAAACUAUUUUUACAAAAUCAUCUCUCCAUCUCCCCAGCUGUUCUAUUCAGUUUGCAAUGGAUUCAAUACCAGUUAGGGUAUUAUUAAAACUUUUUUAAAUUUUAUUUUGGAAAAGACGUUUUAUUUUUGGUGGCUAGUUUAUGUGGCUUUGUGUCUUCUUAUUGGAGCAAAUGCCAAUUUCAGUACAUAAGGCUGUAUUUUUAAAUAAUAAAAAUAAAGAAGAUCCUUUUUGAUUUGGACUAAAUUAAGAAGAACAAAACCUCUUUAUGUGAUAUGACAUGUGAAAAACAAACUCUUGACAGAGAAAUCAAGGAAGGAGUUUUUCAAUCAAAUCUCUUCUAUCAAAAGAUGAUGGAAUAUUUACAUAAAGCAUCUGGGAUUCAUUUUCUACCUUUCCUAAUAUGUGGGUUUAGUGGGGAAAUUAAUUAUGUCAUUUAUUCUGUAAAAGUGAGGAUAGUUUUUAUAAGCAAUGAAGUAACUUGUGAAUGAAAGAAGUAAUUACUAGAAAAGCUUGUUGAUGAUAAUUGACAUUUAGGUAUUCUGUUCUAUAUGAAUGAUUGUAUUUAUGUAUUUAUUUGUCAAAAUUGUACAUACUAUUUCGCCAAAUGUAAUUGUCUGUAAAAGUGCACUCUCCAGGUUUGUAGUACUAUUUAGGGUUUCAUGGGUUGCCAAUAAAGCUGCUAAUCAGAAAACUAUUUUUUGUAUCAAUGUGAUAAAACUUUAAAAUGAUAAAUGCUGAAGAUGUCUUUACAUUCAAUUUCUUCACCUUUUUCUUGAAAAUGUAAACUGUUGAUUGAAAGCACGAUGCUAAUGUAUAAGCCCAUCUGUCAUGAGGAAGAUUGUGGUUCUGUAAAGCUAAUUUUUUUAAACCAUUGGGACAAAUAAACCGAAGGAGAACAUA